AUGGACGCCGCGUUCUGUGACCUCAACAUUUCAACUCCGCAAGCAUUCCACGGCGUAGCUCGGGCCGUCCCAGGGGAUCCUCCACCCCUCGACGGCGCAAGGGCCAGCAAAAUCCUCAGAAUCCAGCAGCUUUCCUUGUUGGGAAAUGGGUUUCCUCUGGGUGUUAUUCCAUUCAUUUCGCCUUCCCCUAAUCAUAAGGAGUUGGGCUCUCUCGCGCUGCAAUCCCUCAUCGGAAAAGUUUGUAUGGGUGACUGGUGGGUUGGAUUAGUUGGGCAAUUUCGUCCCAAGAAAUUGUUAUCGUCUAUUAAAGCUGAAGCUUCAACUGCAGACCCUUGGCAGCUGCCAUUCCUUAAAAAUUCGGCUAAGCAUUUUUUGGAUAAAUCACUCUAUAAGAUUGGCUUAUGCGCACAAAUAGCACUAACAUCAUCGUCUUCUUUGCUUUUUAGCACUGAAAAUCAUGGUGAGGGAAAAAAACGACGCACAAAGGCCAUGCUCGUUCACCAGCUUCCAGAUCACGAUCUCACUUUAGAAGCUGCAUGGCCCGAGCUUUUCAUAGACAGCAAACAGAAUUACUGGGAAGUACCUGAAUCUAUAUCAUUAGACUGCUCGUCCAUCGUCUCGGAUUCUGGAUUGAGAUAUCGUUUUGGGAUUUAUAAAAAUAGCGGCCUCCCAAAGGCUGUUGAUGCACCUGUAGAUGCUCAAUCUCCUCUUGCCUUAUCUCCUGGGCUAUGUGCAAAAGCUGCUUUUUCUAUUGAGAAGUCGAAGGACUUGUGGAGGGUAAUAGCAAAGGAGGAAGAUGAUGUUAUUAUCAAGACAAAAUAUCAUCAAAUAUAUCGCCCCUCGUAUGAUGUACGUCUCAAGGAGCCUCACUUAAACAUUUCUGGAAUAAUAGGUGGUUAUUGUGAGUCGUGGUUGGCUGGUUUGAAAGAGAAUAGAAGUCGUUUCGGUGCUGAUGUAUUUGGUUCGGCAAACUGUUCUUUUCAACUCGGUAAGUUCAGAAAUAAUUUCUUGGACCUAACCAGGAUAGAUGCUCGUCUGGAUAUUUGUUCCGCCUCAGCUUUAGCCAAGGGUCUUUUCAGUAAUCCACCACAAAAUGAUUUGUCCUCUCCCAAACUGAAUUUCAUUUUCCAGCAACAGGUUCUUGGGCCAAUUGUGUUUCGGGUCAACUCCAGAUUUUCGCUCGAGCAUACGUCUGGAAGACCUGAGCCCAAGCUUGAAGAUGUGACAUACAGCUUGAAUUACGCGCUAAGAGCCUUGAGAUCGGGAAAAGUGGUUGCAUGGUAUUCUCCUAAUCGAAAAGAGGGAAUGAUUGAGCUACGCCUCUUUGAGUUCUGA